GGGGAGAAGGGACGCCGGCGCGCGCCCUCGUCGCGGAGGCGCGCCCGGAGACGCCACGUGACCCCGCGGGACGAAUGGCGUGGCGCGGCUGUAGACGGUGCGCGCGCACGAGGUGAGUGUGAGGGAGAGGAGCCCCAGCGGCGAGAGGAAAAAGAGCGGGAGAGAGAGAGAGAGACGCAGCCGCCGCCAUGUCUGAGGAGAAGCCCAAGACAAUGAUGAAUCAGCUAAGCCUGGAUGGCGUACCCCACUCACAAUGGACAAGAUAGAACUCCGCACAUAAAGGAAGGUGUCAAGACAGAGAAUGACCACAUCAACCUUAAAGUGGCGGGACAGGAUGGCUCUGUGGUCCAGUUCAAAAUCAAGCGACACACUCCUCUCAGCAAGCUAAUGAAAGCAUACUGCGACAGACAGGGCUUGGCAAUGAGACAGAUACGGUUCAGGUUUGAUGGUCAGCCUAUUAAUGAAACAGACACCCCUGCACAGUUGGAGAUGGAAGAUGAAGAUACUAUCGAUGUGUUUCAACAACAGACAGGCGGCAUGUGCUAAGCAAGUUCUCCCACUAAUAUGGAAGGAGCCCCAAAGCCUUCACGCACCCAACUUCCCACCUCUGCCCUCCGUUCAAUGACAUGCUAAUUACUCAUUUUUGGAAGCGUUAGUGGACUCUUCAGAAUUUUUUUAUUCUGAUUUAAUUACUUUGUGUUUUUGUUUUUUUUUGCCCUACCUACAAGCGUUGGAAGUUCUGUUGCUUAGAGGGCUAAUAUCAAGAAUCAUCUCCUACAUAAAGUGGCUUUGUUUCUUGUAUUUUAUUAUAUUGUGUGGCACUGUUUCUUUGUUUUUGUUUUUUUCUGCAGUCUUUCUUACCAAGUUUUCAGAUGUGUCCCAUGUGUAAAUAGUUGCGUGAUAGAGUGACUUUCUGUACCUGUGCACUCUUCAGUCAUAGAACAGAUUAGUCUGCCCACAAAGACACCUUGAAAGGACGUUAGUUUGGGACGAGGGUUAUGGAACCGUGGGGAGAGAAAAAAUGCGCUUUUAUUUACUUAAAUCGAUGGGUGUCAAAUGAGUUAUUGAAGAUAACACUUCAUAGGCUGUAUGAGACCUUCAUAUUGACGCAGUUUUAGGAACAAUUGAUGUUUCAGUUAACGUUCUUUAUCUGACCUGUUGAUUGAAGCGCCCAGCCUGCUCUCUUCUUGAUCAGUUAGCGGCGCAAAUGUUAUACUGCCAAUGAUUAUGACGGAUGUUUAAAACCAUGUCUCUCCAUUGUUGAUGUAAUUAAAUUGGCCCUACCUUAUCCAGAUUGUUUCUGGUCUUUUAAUGCAGCACUCAAGUUGUUUGUUAAAAUAACCUGUCUUUUUCAAGUGGACCUGCUGCUAUACAAAACCAGUAUGCUAUUUAAGUUCCUUUUGUCUUAAAUAUACAAGCCAGGGUGAAGAAUGGUAGCAGCUGGAGCUUUUGUGUCCUAAGAGAGAUGUAGUUAACAUUGUACCCCCAUCUGUAUAGUAGUAGUAGUAUGCAAUUUUUUUAUUUUUAUUUUUGAAUGCUCUGUUUUAAAAUAUCCUGAUCAAACCUGUUCCUGAUGCAUAACCAUUUGUGUGCUUGAAACUAUUUCCCCUAUCUAAGUGGCAUUUAGUAAUACAGAACUGCAAAGCUGUUGUCGUAUUCCAAUGUGUUAAUGAUCUCCAAGGGCCAAAUAUUAGUCGGUGAGUUUCUAGAAGUCCAGAGAUUUCGGCAAGUUAUGUCUGAUUUUUAAAACAAACUAUUGUUUUUUUUACUAAGGCCUAAACCAAGCUGCUUUUGCCUUUUUAAUAUACAUUUCUGUGUUAAAACGGACUUCUAACUUCCCGAAAAUCCCAGCACUUCCAAAAAUACGCUGCCAUUUCUAUUUGAUCCCAUGUAUGUUUUCAGUUGCAGUACUUCUUCCUUUCAGUACCAAGAGUGACAUGCCAGCUGAUUAAUUAUAACUGUUCCUUCCUGAUAGGAUUCUAGUUGGUAAUGUUCAUUAUUUUUUUUCUUCAUCUGCUGGAUACAUUUUAUUUCGGCUACAAAAUAAAGAUACAUAAAUGUA